GCGCAGGACGCGGCUAGAGCUGGGGCUGCCGCGCCCUCCACCUCCUUCUCCAAAGGCCUCCCCGGACCCCUGGCUCGGGCCCAGCCUGCGACUCCGCCAUGCCCUGGAGGAGGCGCAGGAACCGGGUGAGUGCCCUGGAGGGCGGCCGGGAGGAAGAGGCGCCCCCGGAGGCUGCCGCUGUGCCUCCGGCGCUGUUAACGUCCCCGCAGCAGACGGAGGCGGCGGCCGAGCGGAUUCUGCUCCGGGGCAUCUUCGAGAUCGGGAGGGACAGCUGUGACGUGGUGCUGAGCGAGCGAGCACUGCGGUGGCGGCCCAUUCAGCCCGAGCGCCCGGCGGGUGAUUCUAAGUAUGACUUGCUAUGUAAAGAAGAAUUUAUUGAACUCAAAGACAUAUUCUCUGUGAAACUGAAACGGCGUUGUUCUGUUAAACAGCAGAGAAGUGGUACUUUAUUAGGUAUCACACUCUUCAUCUGCUUGAAAAAGGAACAAAAUAAACUAAAGAAUUCUACACUUGAUCUUAUUAAUUUAAGUGAAGACCACUGUGACAUAUGGUUUAGACAGUUCAAGAAAAUAUUGGCAGGCUUUCCAAACAGACCGAAGUCAUUAAAAAUACUCCUUAACCCCCAAAGUCACAAAAAAGAAGCUACCCAGGUUUAUUAUGAGAAGGUUGAACCUCUGUUGAAGCUUGCAGGAAUAAAAACUGAUGUAACAAUAAUGGAAUAUGAAGGGCACGCUCUGUCACUGCUUAAGGAAUGUGAACUCCAGGGAUUUGAUGGUGGGCAUCGGAAACCAUUGUUCGUAAUACAUUGGAGUGUACAGAGGUUGUUCACUGGCAUGCAAACGUUAGAACCAAGUGUUGUCUGUGUUGGUGGAGAUGGAUCUGCUAGCGAAGUAGCCCAUGCUUUGCUUCUGAGAGCUCAGAAGAAUGCUGGGAUGGAAACAGACCGAAUCCUGACUCCUGUCAGAGCACAGCUUCCACUUGGCUUAAUACCAGCAGGAUCUACCAAUGUAUUGGCACAUUCUCUUCAUGGAGUUCCUCAUGUGAUAACUGCAACAUUGCACAUUAUAAUGGGGCAUGUACAGCUGGUCGACGUCUGCACCUUCAGCACCGCUGGCAAGCUUCUUCGCUUUGGGUUCUCAGCCAUGUUUGGCUUUGGUGGAAGAACUUUGGCUCUGGCAGAAAAAUAUCGAUGGAUGUCCCCUAACCAACGGAGAGAUUUUGCUGUUGUUAAGGCACUGGCAAAACUUAAGGCAGAAGACUGUGAAAUAUCAUUUUUACCAUUUAACAGCUCUGAUGAUGUGCAAGAAAGGAGGGCACAGGGAUCUCCCAAAUCUGACUGUAAUGAUCAAUGGCAAAUGAUCCAGGGUCAGUUCUUGAAUGUCAGCAUUAUGGCAAUUCCUUGCCUGUGUUCAGUGGCACCUAGAGGCUUGGCACCUAAUACCAGAUUAAAUAAUGGAAGUAUGGCUCUUAUAAUUGCCCGAAACACUUCUCGGCCAGAAUUUAUAAAACACUUGAAAAGAUAUGCCAGUGUAAAAAAUCAGUUCAAUUUUCCAUUUGUUGAGACUUACACUGUUGAGGAAGUAAAAGUUCAUCCAAGGAAUAAUACUGGUGGAUAUAAUCCAGAGGAGGAGGAGGAUGAAACUGCUUCAGAAAAUUGUUUCCCUUGGAAUGUAGAUGGUGAUUUAAUGGAAGUUGCAUCAGAGGUCCAUAUUAGAUUGCAUCCAAGACUUAUCAGUCUUUAUGGAGGAAGCAUGGAAGAAAUGAUUCCAAAGUAACAUGUAAUUGUUUCUAAAAGAAAUGUACAAACUAGAAUUUUAAUAUAAAGAAAUGUGGCCAUGCUUUAAACCUGUGGUCCCCACCCUUUUUGGGACCAGUUUCAUGGAAAACAAUUUUUCCGUGGAUGGGGGAAUGGUUUCAGGAUGAACUGUUCCACCUCAGAUCAUCAGGCAUUAGAUUCUCUUAAGGAACAUGGCACUCUAGAUCCCUCACAUACCAGUUCACCAUAUGGUUCGCACUUCUAUGAGAAUCUAAUGCUGCUGCUGAUCUGACAGGGGGAGGAACUCAGUAAUGCUCCAUUGCUCUAACCUCCUGCUGUGUG